AUGCUGCUCACUGAAUAUCAUUCCCUGGGCCGUUUCGUUUUUUAUUUUUGCGAUGAGCCGCCGCUGACCGAUGAAAAUGUGAUUGUUAGAAAGAUGUUCAUUGGUGGUCUGAACUGGGAAACUACGGACGAGUCCCUUCGUGACUAUUUCUCUCAAUUCGGUGAGGUUCAGGAGUGCACCGUCAUGCGGGAUAGCGCCACUGGACGCUCUCGCGGUUUUGGAUUUUUGACUUUCCGUGACGCUAAAACUGUCAAUACUGUGAUGGUGAAGGAGCAUUAUCUGGAUGGAAAGAUUAUUGAUCCCAAGCGUGCUAUUCCCCGCGAUGAACAGGAGAAGACUUCUAAGAUUUUUGUUGGUGGUGUUAGCCAGGAGGCUACCGAGCAGGACUUCAAGCAAUUCUUUACGCAGUUUGGCCGUGUUGUGGAUGCCACUCUUAUGAUGGACAAGGACACUGGACGUCCCCGCGGAUUCGGUUUCGUCACUUUCGACGGUGAUGCUGCUGUUGAGAAGGCUCUCUCCCGUCCUCUUGAGAUUCUGGGCAAGCCAAUAGAGGUCAAGAAAGCCCAGCCCCGUGGUAACCUGCGUGAGAACAACGAUCAACGCGGCGGCAGUGGUGGCCACCGCAAUGGAGGAUACCGCGACCAAAACCAGAACGAUGGAGGUCAGCAGCAAGCCGCUCAGCAGGGACAGGGUAGUUCGAUGACUCCUCAAAUGAUGGCCCAGUACUGGCAACGCAUGCAGCAGUACUUCACCAUGAUGCAGCAGUCGAUGGCUGCCGGUCAAGGAGGAAUGCCUGGCAUGAACAUGAACGCCAUGAACAUGAAUCCCGCUAUGAUCGCGCAGAUGCAACAGAUGCAGCAGAUGCAGAUGCGCCAGCAGCAGCAACAGCAGAUGGGUGCCCAGCAGCAAGGUACUAUGAGCCCCGGCCCUCAGAGCCCUGGCUCCCAGCAGGCUAUGCCCAACAUGAUGAACCCCGCUAUGAUGCAGCCCAACCAAGCCAAUGUUCCCGGCGGUCCAGGCAGCGAUUGUGCCAGCCCCGUUCCCAACGCCGCCGCGAUGGCCGCCAACUACAACAACGGAGCUGGAACCCCAGCCAGAGGACAAACCGGACCUGGAUACAACGCCACCGAGCAGAUCGCCUUCGAGCAGCAAAAGUAUGAGCAGCAGCAGAUUAACCGCUCGAUGGACCCUCGCGGUUUCUCGCCUUACCAGCAGCAGGGUGGCCCAACUUCGUGGGAGGGCAUGUACGAUGAAGUUCCUCAACCUCAUGUCCCGACCGGACCAGCAGGUAUGAGACGCAUUGGAAGUUCGGGUAGUGGAACCACUCCUCAGCCCCAGGGCACUGCUCCUCCUAAUGCUCCGACUGGACCCCGUAACGCCGGCAAGCCUGGUGCGAACUACCGUGGUGGUGGCCGAGGAGGACACCGUACCUACCACCCCUACCAGCGCUAA